AUGACCUGGGCUUCCAUCCUGAAGAACCUCCUCAUGGUCUGUGUCUUCACCUCCUCUGCUGUCAGCACUGUGGUGCCUUCCUUAAGCCUAAUGGCCCAGGAGAAAGGCUGUUCCACGAAUGUGUGUGCUCCGCUUUUAUUCUCUGCAACUCUGGGGGGCCAACGAACAUUUGCAUAUGAACACCAAUGCUGCGAACAGGAACAGUGCAACAAGGACCUACAACUGUCUCAGCUUUCUUCACAAACCAAUGGUGUGGAAUGUCCUGCCUGCUAUAAUGAGACACACAUGUCAUGUGACCCCGUCCUGCUAAAGUGCACAGGGACACAGACAAGAUGUAUUGAAGUCAUUAGCACAGGAGUGCCAACCAAUGGUCCUUCUUCCUUAGUUUUCUAUGGAAUGGGCUGUGCUACUGAAACUGCCUGUGGCUUGAACAUGCAUGUCUUUGGUGACUUAAGAGUCAUAGCCUUAUGCACUUCGACUAAUGGGAGCCCUCUACUCCGUUCAAUCUCACCAGUUUUACCUGGUCUUCUCCUACUGAAAGUCUUGCUUUGA